UGAGUGCCGGCAGUUUGGAUGCUACUUCCCGGGUUGAGUAUCUGGAGUGUUGAAAGUUGGGAAAUAUAAAGCCGACGAUGGGCAAGAGCAACCUGACGGCUCUGUUCUUGUUUGACUGAUCUCUUCUCUCCCAUCUGUCCGCCUCACCCUACCAACCACCUCCUCCAGAAUGAAGCUUACCACUCUUCUCCCGCUCUCCCUCGUCGGCCUCUCCGCCGCUCAGGCACCGGCUCCCUACACCGACGCCAAAUCCGGCGUUACCUUCAAUACCUACAUUCACCCGUCCAAUGGAUACUUCUUCGGCAUCGCCCUCCCGCAAAACACGACUGGCAACACAGACUUCAUCGCCACGAUCGGCGGCAAGGGAACCGGAUGGAGCGGCGUCAGUCUCGGGGGCGGCAUGCUGAACAAGUUGCUGAUCGUGGCGUGGCCGAAUGGCCAGAACGUGGUCAGCAGCUUCAGGAAGACGGCGAACUUCGGCUCCCCACCCGUUGCCACCGGCGCCUUCAACCAAACCGCGAUCGCCAACGGCACCUACACAAACGCCACCCACUGGACCUACACUUUCCUCUGCAGCAAGUGCAUUCUCGCCGACAAGACAACCUUUGGCGCCGCCGACACCACUGCCAAUUUUGGCUGGGCCUUCAACGCGCAGGCUCCGGCUCAGAAGAACAAUGCUGGUAGUACUGUUGCAAAACAUUCGGAUCAGGGGCAGGUGGCGUUUGACUUGACAAAGGCCAGGAGUGCGAAUUUUACUACGUGGAAGGGGUAUGCGGCGCCGCCGAAGGUGGCCAGGGGAUUUGAGGCUUAGAAGAAGUAAGAUUUAGGGAAAAGAGGGAUAUGGGGAACUAGCAUAUAUAGUUGGGACUUCAAGGUGGAUACACAACCGUCGAGUUCUGGAGAUGAAUUAAUGGUAGACGCUGAGACGAUCACGUGAUGUUCACAUUCACCGCGGUGACUCUUUUCCUGACUCCUCUCCCUAGGUAUCCCCCAAAGAUCGACCCGGGCAGCGCCUCUCCCGUCACUGCACAGAGACCUGAAGGGACUUGUGGUUCAACAAAGCACUGUUUUCUCAGCGGCCAUUUUCGGCCCACAGCAAUGCAGUGAUUAUCCCCUCCGCUUUCAGCCUAAACAUUUUUGACCCCAGCCGAACUCCCCGAAUCGGAGCGAUCAAGGCACGAUCACUGAGUGGAGAGAGAGAUUAUACGGUUCGAAUCUGCAUUUCCCGCAUAUACUUAAAGCAUCUCAUAUAGAGCGGCCAAUGUGAUUGGCGCACAAGUGACGUUCCACUCAUUGGAAGCC